GAUUCGUGAACUAUUUUGCAGGCUGCUUUCGCUGCCUUGGAGGAAUUGCACAUUUGCAACUUGCCUAACAUAACAGAGAUUUGGGGGAAGCAAUUACUCCCAGUUCCAAAAACAGACGCACGGUCCUUCAAAAAAUUGGCUGUCGUGAAUGCCACUUGGUGUGAAAAACUGGUGAAUGUGAUUCCUUCAAGUAUGCUUCCAUGGUUAAAAAAUCUAAAAUCAAUUUAUGUAAAAGGUUGUCCAGAGAUAGAAGUGAUAGUCUCGAAGAAAGCAAAUGCAACUGUCAGUGGCGAUAUCAUUAGUUUUCCUGAACUAAGUUCUCUGUCAAUUGACAAAUUGUAUAAGCUCAAAAGUUUCUGCAGCAGCUCUACAAGUUCGGAAGCACAACCAUUGUUUAAUGACCAGGUUGUAUUCCCUGUUUUGGAGGAUUUGUUCAUAAACAGAGUACGAAACAUAACAAAUAUAUGGGAUAAAUUGCACUCAAGAGAGUCGUUUUGUUCUUUGAGGCGCAUGAUGAUCGAGGAUUGUGAAAAAUUGGUGAAUAUUGUUCCGUCUUAUAUGCUUCCACAGUUGCGAAAUCUUGAAGUACUCUAUGUUUAUAGCUGUCUAAAGAUGUUAGCGAUAGUCUCAGAGGAAGAGGGAAAAGAGAAAGAUGAUGAAAAUGCCAUCUUGUUCCCUAAACUAACUACUUUGAAUCUUAGAAGUUUGGACAACCUCAAAACCUUCUACACACAACCCUUCCUCAACUACCAGGUAUGA